AGCAUGCGGACCACUCACAACUAGUUCUAACAUUAGUGAAUCGUUCGUAAUCUAUCGUUUAACAAAAGCUGCGGUGUAGACCACCGGUUACGCUUGAAGUUGGCUAACCUGAAUCAGCACGCGAUGAUGUAUUGAAAAGAAUGCUGUGGUGGCUAUUUGGGCCUCUUGUCAACGCCUAGCUUAGCUAACACUAUACGAACAAGAAGGUGAUGGACAGGAAAUCUUGAGAGAAACUAUUAAAGAGAUGAAUACACCAGCAGUGAAAACCACACAGGGUUUAUCCCUUCUUGGGGCAUAUGAAGAUAGUGAUGAAGAGGAUGAAGUGGAUAUCCAGCCAUCUGCUCCAAAGACUAAACUCAACCAGUCAGCAGACAUCGACAGCACCUUAGCUAAUUUUAUGGCUGAAAUUGAUGCCAUAACUACGCAGCCAGCUCCACCAGAUGAGGCUCCUGCUGAGAGCACUGCUCCAGCCCCUACUCCACCACGCCCCGAACCCAAACCAGAGCAGCAGACACAUGAGCAGAACGGAGAAGCUCAAGCGUUCCAGUACAACACGCAGUAUUCACUGGCUGGUGUUGGUGUUGAGAUGGGUGAUUGGCAGGAGGUAUGGGAUGAGAAUACUGGGUGUUACUACUAUUGGAACACCCAGACUAAUGAGGUAGCAUGGGAACUACCUCAUUACCUAGCCCACCAGGUACAGGACCUACAGCAUUACACAGACAGCUCCGCAGUCAAUGGGAAUGGUGUAUCGCAAACUGCAGCAUAUUACUCUGAACAACAUGCGGCCGUUUCUGCCAGCGACCCAAUCGUGAAGAAGGAGGCAAAAAAGAAGGAAGUGAUGGAGAGUGUUGUGGCCCUGACCAGUGAGGAGGAGGAGAGGAGAGGUGUUGCAGCCUCUCUCCUUGCACCAUUAAUUCCAGAUGAGGUAAAAGAGGCGGAAGAGAGAUGGAGGAAGAGAGUGAUUGCUGUGGAAGGGAAGAUGGACAACACAGAUGGGGAUGACGAUGGUACCCACCCCUCUGGGUCACCAGCACCAAGAGACUUGGACAGCAUCUCCUGUAGCAACCAGCCAAGCAGGAGUCCGUCACCAGUGAACUCGGAGGCAGAGGAAGACACAAUAGAAUUGGAGCUGGCUCUAGAGAGGAAAAAGGCUGAGCUCCGUGCUCUUGAAGAAGGGGAUGGCAGUGCUGGAGGCUCCAGCCCCUGCUCUGAAGCUAGUCAAGAAGGCCCCCACAACUUGGCCACCAAGAAGAAGUGGAAGACUUUCUUGCGUCCCCUGAGCCCAGACUCCACUAGCCGAAGCUCUGACAAGACUGGGUUGGACACACAAGAACAGAGUGACAGUACACAUUCCAAAUCUUUGGACAAGCCCGAUGAAGAUGACAAGGAGAAGGUUAUCUCCAGAUUGCAGCCCAAAGAAGAGGAAGAGCCUGCAGACCUCAAGUUCCAGAUUGGAGAGCUUGCUAACACUUUAACCAGCAAAAUGGAAUUUUUGGGGAUCAACAAAAAGGCCAUAUCUAACUUUCAACUCCUUUUGCUACAGACAGAGACGCGCAUAGCAGACUGGCGAGAGGGUGCGUUGAAUGGAUCCUACCUCCGGCGCAGGCUGCAGGAAGCUGCCGAGCAUAUAAAACAUUAUGAACUUAACGCCGCCCCUAAAGGCUGGUCCUGCCACUGGGACAGAGAACAAAGGCGAUACUUCUAUGUGAAUGACCGGACCAAUGCCUCCCAGUGGGACUUCCCCAUGGUGGAGGAAGAGGAAGAGGAAGAGGGGAACAAAACCGCCAAUUCCAGCACCCAGCAAGAUGGAGCAGCACUGACCAACUCCACCAGUGCACUGACAGCACCGACAUCCUACUGGCCAAUGGCUCCAACCUCGCAGCCCCCCCAGCCUCCACAGCCACCUCUGCCUCCAGAGGACCCCCCCCCUCCCUCUGAGGCUCCGCCGCCUCCCCCGCCACCCCCAGAGUCGCCUCCCCCUCCUCCCCCUCCCCCCCUCAGUGAUGAUGGAGAGAUCGAAGAAGUGGAGAUGGAGGAUGAAGAAGGAGAGCCACCAGCCCCGGGAACAGAAGACAGCAAGGCUGCAGAAGCAGCAGCCUCAUUGGGAAUCACGGUCAAAGCUCAGAAACGCAAAGCCCCUGGCAGUGGGCAGACAAACAAAACAGUCACCAUUGGGAGCAGUGCUGUCCUUUAUACCCAGUCAUCUACCAUAGCAGCUCCUGUGCUGGCUGGAGGGGCCUACUGGGGAGUGUCUGCUGCAGCUGUGCUCCCUGAGGCCGCUGCUCCCCCAGCUCCUCCAGCUCAAGCCCCGCCUCCAGCCUCCCAGCUGCCAGCUGCUCCGGAACUAGAGACGGCCAAGGCAGUGCCGGUGGACAAGACCAAGAAGUCUAAGAAGGAAAAGACAAAGAAAAGCAAGACUAAGAUGCCAUCCUUAGUGAAGAAGUGGCAGAACAUCCAGAAAGAGCUUGAUGAGGAGGAGAAGAGCAGCUCUAGUGAUGAAGACCGUGACCAGUUGAACAGCCGGCGCAUUGAAGAGUGGAAGCACCAGCAACUCCUCACGGGGAAGGCAGAGAAAAACGCUAACUUUGAGGUCCUACCCGACGACUGGAGGGAACGCCUGCUGAAGAAAAGGAAAAUGAUGCAGAGUUUGUAAAACUGAAAGCCAGAUGAAAUUGCUCACAUACUUGUACUAAUAAUCAGUGGACUCUUUCUGUGGCCUGCUCAAGUCACCCAACGUAUCUUAAGGAUAUGCCUGAAGAAAUCUGAAUGUUCCGUUUACUGUAUAUAACUGUUUAGUGUCCAUCAGGCAUUAGAGCCCUAUUCAAGUUACUUAUGGCUCCUAGUCUUUUAUGCAGUUGGUAUGCCAUACUCAUGAAGCAAUUGAUUAUUUUUUUCUACAGGGUUCCAUUACCUUUUACACAUACACAUACACACACACACACACACUCCACAUUGGUUUGAAGUAAUAUCUCUUUGGUGAUACUUUUAUUAGUACAACUAUGACGUUAAAGGUAAACGAGGACCAGUUUAACACUCACUAUUGCUACAUGCAGUGAUUUCUCGUCAAUUACAAUAGUACAUUAACAAGCUUUGUCUGGAAAUCAUAACUGUUUUCACAGAUAUAUCACGUAAUUCCAUUAUCCACUUUCAAAUGAACAAAAUGUAUCAAGCAACUUCUAUAUGUGCCAAUGCCUGCUGGAACCAUUUUUUUUCUGUCCAUUUCCACCUUAUAACACCAAGACCGCAAAGGAUGUUAUUUUAGUGGACACUGACAUUGUAUGUCUCACAUUAUACUCUAUUUACAGUAAGAUAACUUGUGUUAUUAAAAAUGCCAAGAAACAUUUUUUAAUGUGUAAAUAACGAUAAAGUUUUUGCCACUUCUGUUAA